GCUCCGUUGCUAAGGAGCCCACCUGCUGCCUGGAUACCGGCUCAGUUUUCAGCACGCGGACAGCGACUCGUCCUGAGCUCUGCAGUCGACUGGUCACUAAAAACCUCUUUUUAUCACUUUAACUUACCUCAAAACUGGAACUAACAUCAGGAAAACAUGGCGAAUUCCCACCGGACGAACGUGAUGGUCACCUCGUGUUUAAAAACGCCGGUUGACCCGCACACCAAAGCCCCGUUAGCCUCCUACGAGCGGGAGAGAGUGCUGCCGUACACGGCUGCGGGUCAGAUGGACAACCGGGACUACGAGAAGGAGCUGGAGUAUGAGGACUCGGGCUCUGACUUCUGUGAUGAGGAGUGUCUGGGGAAGGGCGGCCCUCUCAUGAUGACUGACCACAGAGCAGCAGCAGAACACCACGACCUGACCGGAAUCUUCUUCUCCAACGAGGAGUACUACUGCAAGCUGGAGGAGCUGAAGAAGGCCCACCUCCGCACCAUGACUGAGCUGGAGAGCAUGUACCGACGAAAGCUGCGGCUCAAGUCCAUGGAGCCUCUGGACAUGAACCUGGAGACGGGACACAGGCUCCUGUGGUCAAACAGCAGCCCAGCAGCUUCACGCCGGUUGAGGAAGUCGCACUCUGCUGUUGAACUCAGGAGAGGCUCCAGACGGUCAGACUCCUCAGACGAUGAUGAAGCUGCCAGUAGUGAUGUGGAGAAAGGCCUGCUUUUUUCUCCAAAAGAACACAUCAAGAACAUGUGGCAAGACUUUAAGAUGUCCCCUCACCAUCGUCGGCUGUCUUCUUCCUCGUUGAACAGCCUGCCAGCAGACCCGAAGAGACGAAUGGAAAAGAAGAAGAGGCAAGGGGAUAAAGAUAGAGAGCAGGAGCACUGGAAACACAGAGUGACGGUUCCCAAACCUUUCCAGAUGAUGCUGCGUGAGGACGAGAGACGAAAGCGUGGAAUAAAGACGCGUUCAGAGAUCGAACUGGAGAACGCUGAUCUGCGACGGCAGCUGGAAGAACUGACAGAGUGCCAGAGGAAGUUCCGUGCCAGCCCGGUACCAGCUCAUGUUCACCUCCCACUUUAUGAGGAGCUGCAGGAACGGAAUGAGGAACGACAGCGAAGAAUGAGAGAGCAAGAAGAUCAGCGUCUUCGAACCAUCCAGAAGCCCUUCAGCUUCCUGGAGAGGGAGCGACUGAAGAAGGAGCAGAAACAGCAGAAUCACCUAAAACCAUCCGACAAGGAGACAGUGAAACCCUUCAGGGCCAAGCCUGUGCCCAAGGCUGUGUACGCAGCAGCAUCAGGGGAGCAGAUGAAGGAGGAGCAGCUGUAUCGCUCUAUUAAGAUACAGAUGAGAGCUCAGGAGAUGCUCUGCAGCGCUUCCAUGCCUCCCAGCAUGCUGGCACGAAGACUCAGUGAUCGCAAGAAGACCAAAGACGGCAGUGCUGCAGCUGGAGGAGACAACUUCUCCCACAAGCCCCAAAUCAACAAAGAGGUACCUGACUUUGAUGCAAGUUAUCGACGCUUCAAGAAACACCUGGAGAAGCACAAAGAUGUGAAGCCCACAACUGCAUGUGAACCCUUUCAACUUAAGACCUCACAGAUCUCUUCACACCGUGAACGCAUCCUGGCCGACAUCGAGAAGGAGCAGGGCAGCCCUCGGAUGAUGCGUUGGCCCUACAUCAGCUCCGGGCCGUCUCGGACGCCGAACUCAAGUCUCUGUUCAUCCCUCUCGGGCAGCCUGGAGCUCCUGCCUGCCAAAGUCACAGAUGCCACCAAGAAGCGCCAUGAGGCCGUGAGAAAGGCGCUGGAGCAGAGGAAGAAGGCUGAGGAGGAGGAGGAGCGGUGGAAGGAAAGGCAGAAGCAGAGGGAGAAGAAGCUGCAGAAGGUGGUGUCGAAACGUGCCCAGGCCAACGACCCCCACCUGGCUCUCUCACAGAUGCAGCAAACCAAACUCAAAGAAUUCAGGAAACAAGAGGUCCAGCGCAGGAGGGAGUACCAGCAGGAGAUUAAAGAAAUGCAGAGGAGGGUGAAGGGGAGGCCACUGCUGUUGGAGCAGGUUGCACAGAGGAAUGCCAAGCAGGCAGCGGAGAAGCGCUACACAGACGCCCUGCAUGGGUGUGAUCUGACUGAUGAGUUUAUCAGCAGCAAGGCGGCCAAAUCAGUAUCUGCCCGCAAAGCUUCUCCUUCCAGUGACAGCAAACAGAGUGACCAAGAGCCAGACAUGGGAUAUGAAGCUGUCCACUACAGAAAGGUCUUCCUGGAUGAUGAGGACAUGGAAGUAGAUCCAAACAAGACAGAAGGAGGGAGUGACGGGGCGUCAUCAAACCACCACGAUGGAGACGACAACAGCAGUCACCAGUCAGAUCAGGAUGAUAACGGAGACGAUCGGCACGGUUCAGAUGAAAGUUACCACUACUCAGACGAUCAUGAGCAUUACUCAGAGGACAGCGAGCACGAUGCCGACACCAUACAGCAGGAAGCAGGAGACUGAUGUCAUCAGAUGUGACGAUGUGAUUGGCCUGGAGCAAUGCCCAAAAACUCUGAUGGAGAGAACUGAACACAUGAAGUGAAAAGAAACACUGAAAAAGAAGAUGUCGUAUUGUAUUGUACAUUUUUGUGCACAUAAACAUGGAAAGUUUUGUGAUGAAACUGUGUCUGAAAUCACUUCCUUGUUAACUUGAUCACUGUUCCCACUCAUUCCAUUACUCCGUAGUGAGCAGUUCAUUAAGUUAAGUUUUGGAUGCAUAUUAUUUUCCAUAACUGUGACUUACACAUUUGUUCAAUACGUAGCACUGCAUCAUGGGAUUUCCAGCAUGCGUGUCUGACGUAGCCAUAGUCCAUUCUGAGUAGUGCACAGGUAUUACUAAUAAAGGGUCCCAGGUAGCCAUCACAGCAAUAGUGUGUCCAAAAAUCAUCCUACAUAUUAAUUUUAUGCCAGAUUAAAUCCAUAUUGACCUUC